UUCGCAGCUGCUUUUGCUCCGCACAGUAGAAAGUGGUGUAUUUGUAAAUAAAGUUGUCAAUAACAUCAGUGUUUAUGUUUAUUGCAGACUAUUUUGUGUGUUUUGAAAAUAGUGCAUAUUUUUAUGGAUCCUGUACAGUGUUUGUGGAUAUCCGGAUAACGUGAAGAUUAGUUUGAAAUGGUGAUGGAAGCGGACCCCAUUGCUGGGAAGCAUACAGAUGAUCGACAUAGUGCACCGCUGAGGCCUCGCGCUGGCGGUGACGUCAUAGCAGUUACGUCUGUUAGCAGUCUGGACCUAAAUAUGCAGUACUCCGCUCCUUCGAAUUUGGUGCUCACCCCGGCGCCAGAAUGUCGCAAGCUCUCUCGCGGUAUAUCCCGCGCCACAGACAACGAGGGUCUAGUCUGGGCCCUCAGAAGCAACACAGAACCUGACCUCAACACUCUGAGUUCAGAUCACAUACUACUUUUACCGGAUAUAACCGUCUAUCCUCCGGAUUUCAGAACAUUCAUCGAGAAAGAUCUGCUAGAAACAGCCACAUUGGUAACUCUAGAAUCGGCCGGGAUAUUGAAUUGGUGGCGUCACGGGCGCGUGCCCGGGGCUCCCAGACUGUUGCCUCUAGCGACAUCUGGCGACGGAAACUGUCUUCCACACGCCGCUUCUUUGGCGGCCUAUGGGUUUCACGACAGAUUGCUGGCUUUGAGGACCAAGGUUCAGGCGCUUUUGUCGGGAGAAGGCGGAGAUAAACUUACAAAUGCAAUCAAACGCCGCUGGCGGUGGUCCGAGAGUUUCUCCCUGCGGAGCGCCGGGCUCACUCCCUCCGAAGCGGAGUGGGAGAGGGAGUGGCAAGAUGCGGUCGCAGCCGCCUCCGCCGAGCCCAGGCCGAGACACCAGCCCACGGCGGCGCCGCAUUACGCUGGUCUGGAACAGUUACACGUGUUCGCGUUAGCACAUGUAAUGAGAAGGCCAGUUAUCGUUUUUGCUGAUCGAGCGCUUAGGGACUUCCGCGGCGACCCCAUAGCGCCGAUUCCUUUCGGCGGUAUCUACCUACCGCUGGAACUCGCCCCGGAACUGUGCAGCAAGGCGCCCAUCCUGCUCGCCUAUGAUGCUGGACACUUCUCGGCAUUAGUGCCUACGGAGCCUCUGCCCACAGAUGGCGCUAGAGUUCCAUUGGAAGACCACACGGCUAAUCAUAUGCCUAUCAGAUUCAACGUAGACCCCGGCGAAGACUUCCGCUGGGACGUCGAACCCGACCAGAAGACCAUAAACAACCUACUUCCGGAUGAAUUUCAAAGAUCAACAAUGUUGGCCGCGUAUUUAGAUCUGGAACGGGUUGAAUGCUUGUCACAGAAUCAGCCUCCGGAGGAAUUGAGACGGUCACUAGAUGCGUUAUCAACGAAAAGUUCCAAACAAAUGAAUUCUGUGGCGAAACAGUUUGGGAGUAUUGGCAGAUCGAUGAGCAGCAAAAUAAAGAAGAACUUCGGCUCAAUGGCUAAGCUCCACAAGAGUAGUGGCAGUCAGAGUAACCCCGAAGAGGGUUCGGUUCUCCGCCAGAGCACGACUGAGGUGCUGUGCUGCAGAGUGCUGGCGGCGCGGGCGCCGGUGCAGGAGGAGAUGGUCAGGAAUUACCUCAACGAGGCUUAUAAUGGGUACUUAGCAGAGAAGAACCGCAAAGAAUCCCAGACCUCCCAACCUACCCAACCCCGUUACGGCACCGGUCGCUCUCAGUUCUACUUAGACGCGGGCGGAUCCGCGCACGAGGCAGUCCGGGGUUCGAAUUCCACCACAGGACGAGUCGCAGACCGCACUCUAUACCUCAGCAAGUCUACGUUCUAUGACGAUCGUCCGCCAGAACCCAAACCUUGUAGGGCGCCAUUGUGUAUGUAUUACGGUAGCGCGGCUAAUAAUGAUUAUUGUUCGAGAUGCGCUAGGUUACAAUAAGUUUUUGUCAUAUUUUAAAGCUAACAGUGUUUUGUUAAAAUUUUGUUUUAAUUUUGUUGUAAAACCUAGUAACGCAAAAGAAACAGACUUUCCAACUUACUCAAGUGUUUUGUUAAAAUGUGUCUUUAUAUGUUACAAUAAAGAAACCCAGACUUCAAAUAAAAUAUGCGGUACGCGGCAUCAACUUAUACCUUUGUUCACGGUCGGCAAUAGCGCGUGAGUGCUUCCAAAUGGUUUUUUAUAUAUCUAAGAUAUUAUUAUGUUAAAGGUUAUAAAUAUUAUUAAGUUCGAACUAUAUCCGCUGGAAAAUAUUAUCAGUUGAUGAAUUUCAUAGGUGGAUGUUAAGAUUUUUUUCCUACAAUUCAUGCAUUGAAUUGUUAAGAAUAAUCUUUAAAGUAUGAACACUCCGUUACAAAUGCGCGCGAAUUAAGAUAUUAUUCUUUGUCGAAUUUUAUAAAAGUUAAUGCAUCAUAUUAAUAGUCUUUUUAAUAAAGUAAAACAAGUCAAAUACUCGCUAAACGUUGAUGGUUUUUUAAUUAAAAAAUUUUAAAAUGUCUGUCAAUAAGACCAAUGUUUUUAAGGUAUGUUAAAGUUAAUGCAUAACUAAUGUGUGGUGUAAGUUAUUUUGUUAUUAUUGUUUUAUUAAGUUUUUUAAGAAUUUCUUAACAAUGUUUUGUUAGAUCUGAUUACAUUAUUGGAUUUUGAUAAUU